AUGUUCUUAGGCCGCAUACCUCCCGUUCUAGAUACGUUUUGCCUCACUUACUUCACAGGAGGAUGGGUUAGAAGGAUAUACAACCUGCAAGUCAUAAAGAGCCAAUUGGAAGACGAUGCCUUCUAUGAAUGCCAGGUUGGGCCCACAGAAAAAAGCACUGGCAUAAUUUCCCAUAGAGUGCAACUGACAGUGCUUGGUAAGUAUAGCUGGAGUCACGCUGCCUUAGGAAGAUCUCUGGAACUCAACUUUGAUUAUAGCAGUGCUGCCAAACUGGAUUUCUUCGAGAGCCGGAUCAGCAUUGUAGUUCUCCUUUGUGGGCCAGUGGAGGCAGUGAGCAUUUAUUUCAAGGACCUGAUGCAUGAUUUCCAUGUGGGAUACAGCGACACAGCUUGGAUCUCAUCCAUCAUGCUGGCCAUGUUGUAUGGAACAGGAGUGGGAAUGGAUCAGACUCAGGAGAAAUUGCUUGUCCCCCUUCUCCUACAGAGUGGAAAGAUUGGAGAGAAAGGUAUAAGAGAGCAGCUAAGAAAAUUAGAUGAAGAUAGUUUGACAAAACAGCCUGAAGAAGUGUUUGAUGUGUUGGAAAAACUUGGAGAAGGAUCCUAUGGCAGCGUAUUCAAAGCUAUCCAUAAAGAAACUGGCCAAGUUGUUGCAAUUAAGCAAGUUCCUGUUGAAUCUGAUUUGCAGGAGAUUAUUAAGGAGAUAUCAAUAAUGCAACAAUGUGAUAGUCCUCAUGUAGUCAAAUAUUAUGGCAGCUAUUUUAAGAACACGGACCUCUGGAUAGUAAUGGAAUAUUGCGGUGCCGGAUCUGUGUCUGAUAUAAUUCGACUACGAAAUAAAACGCUGAUGGAAGAUGAAAUUUCUACAAUAAUACAAUCAACUCUGAAAGGAUUGGAAUACCUACAUUUCAUGAGGAAAAUACACCGUGACAUCAAAGCUGGCAACAUAUUACUUAAUACAGAAGGACAUGCUAAACUUGCAGAUUUUGGGGUAGCCGGCCAGCUUACUGAUACUAUGGCAAAAAGAAAUACUGUGAUAGGAACUCCAUUCUGGAUGGCACCUGAAGUGAUCCAAGAAAUUGGAUACAAUUGUCUGGCAGACAUCUGGUCUCUGGGUAUCACUGCCAUUGAAAUGGCUGAAGGAAAACCUCCAUAUGCUGAUAUUCAUCCAAUGAGGGCAAUUUUCAUGAUUCCAACAAAUCCACCACCAACAUUUCGAAAGCCAGAGCUAUGGUCAGACGAAUUUACAGAUUUUGUAAAACAAUGUCUUGUGAAGUGUCCAGAACAAAGAGCCACUGCUACGCAAUUGCUUCAGCACCCAUUUGUAAAAAAUGCCAAAGGAGUUUUCAUCUUGCGAGAUAUGAUUAAUGAGGCAAUGGAUAUUAAACUAAAAAUGCAGCAGGCUCAACAGCGUGACAUGUUUCAUGAUGAUGAAGAAAAUUCAGAAGAAGAUGAAAUUGAUUCUAGGACCAUGGUUCGAGCAAGGGGACAAGAAAUGGGUACAAUCAGAGCUGCUUGUGGAAUGAGUGAAGGUGCCAAUACCAUGAUAGAAUACAAUGACACUUUAGCAUCACAAUUAGGAACAAUGGUCAUAAAUGCGGAAGAUGAGGAAGAUGAGGGGACCAUGAAAAGGAGAGAUGAAACCAUGCAGGCUGUCAGACCAUCUUUCCUUGACUAUUUUGAGCAAAAGGAGAAAGAGAAUUGGCAAAACAACUAUGGGAGGCAGGCACCUGAAAGAUGUUCCUCAGAUUGGAGAGUUCCUUUGGAUGGUAAUUAUGAAUUGUUGAGGAACUGGACAGUUGAUGAACUUCAAAGACGACUUGGGACACUCGAUCCCAUGAUGGAGCAGGAGAUAGAAGAGGUUCGCCAAAGAUAUCAAUCAAAGCGGCAACCAAUUCUAGAUGCCAUUGAAGCAAAGAAAAGACGCCAGCAGAACUUCUGAGGAAAACCUGGCAGUAGAAUAGAUGUCCAUCAUUCCUUACAAUAAACUGUUCUACAAUAAACUGUUCUAUGAC